ACUCUCAUUGACAGUAUCGAUGCUGAGAUGUCUGAGAGAUACCGAGAUAGGAAAAGUAAGCGGCACACCCACUUCAAAAAAUUCUACAAAGGACCAGAUGAUUGGGAUGAGGUCCUAAAGAAUCCACCUAAAGAUGUCAACGCCGAUGAGUGGAAACAAAUUUGUGAGUUUUUUAGGAGUCCAGAGUUUAUUGCGCGCUCAGUGAAGAACAAAAUAAAUCGAGACCAAAUGAAGUACUCUACAACACAAGGAACGAAAUCAUUAGCGGCCACUCGUCACGAAAAAUUGAAUCCGAACCUCAUUGAGGAAUGGAAGGAGUAUCACUGGACAAAAAAGAAUAAGAGUUUUGUCAACGAGGAUGCUGAACGAGAUUAUGUUAAGUUAAAGUCAACUCUUGAAGCUGAGACUCAACAGACAGUUGAAUCUGGUACCGAUGAUUCUUCCUCGGUCGAUCAAAUGAAGAUACUAAGUCAAGUUCUUGGUGAAAGGCGAGGCCACCAGCGAGGAGUUGGCCGCACAUUAAAGGGAAAAUCAUUAACUCGUCCAUCUUAG